CUGGGUGGGGGUCUUCCGUGGUGGGGCAGCCAUGGGGUCUGGCCUGAUCCUGCCCGGGACUCUGGUGCUGAUGGUGGCGCUUCUGGGUCCCUGCACGGUCCACGGAAGGGGGGGACGGCUCGAGCCUCCACCUGCCGCCCACUUCCUGUUCCAGUCGAAGGUCGACUGCCGCUUUGCCGACGGGACUCGUGGGGAGGUCCGCUUGCUAGUGAGGUACAUCUACGGGCGGGAGGAGUUUGUGCGCUUCGACAGCCGCCGCGGGGAGUACGAGGCCCUCACCCCGCUGGGCGAGCCCGACGCCCGCCUCUGGAACAGCCAGAAGGAGAGCCUGGACUAUGUGCGGGACUCGGUGGAGCGCUACUGCUGCGGCAGUUACAAGGUCGAAGAGGGAGGAGGCAUCACCCUGACCAGGAAAGAUCAGCCCACAGUGAAGAUCUCCCACACCAAGGCAGGCCCCCUGGCCCACCACAGCCUCCUGCUCUGCACCGCGACAGGAUAUUAUCCCUCGGGGGUUCGUUUCAGGUGGCUGAAGAAUGGGCAGGAGCAGACGGAAGGGGUGGGGUACGCCGACGAGGUCCACAACGGAGACUGGACCUUCCUGAACCAGGCGAUGCUGGAGACGGUGCCCCAGCGGGGAGACCUCUACGCCUGCCAGGUGGAGCACAGCAGCCGGAAGGAGCCCUUCACCGUCCAGUGGGAGCCGCAGUCAUCGAACUCUGCCCAGAGCAAAGUGUGGACGGGGGCUCUGGGGGCUGUGCUGGGGGUGGUCUUUGGGGCCGCGGGAGUCUCCUUCUACCUGAGGACCAGGCGAGGUAAGGAGCGGCCCCCACAGUACCUGCUGCAGGGCUCAUCAGUUAGUCCCAACGGCUCCAGGCCUCACAUCUGGGAAACCGUCAGCAAAUUUACUACUGAUUCCGCCCCCUCCCCAGAGUUAAUCUGCAUCCGGGCAGCAUUUUGA